AAACAACAACAGGCUACUUUGCGAGGAAGGCAGCUGCAUGGGUUAGCGACAACAACCACGGGGAUUUCACGCAUGCAGCCCUAUUUUCUUAAACAAAAUGCACCUUAGACUUAUGAUGUGAGCACUAUGGGGUAUUAUUGUUUUCCGUGAGCUGGAGUGAUACGAAUCAAGGGGGGAGAAACCUGUUUGUAAAGUAGCUGGCUUUUAGCACUUAGCUUGUCCGUGCGUCUCUAUGUUCGAGCGUCUUCCGGCAGAAACGGCGGCUGCAGCGGUGCCAUGAACAGUGGACUUCCACCUUCAGCUGCUCCGCUCGGGGGUGCCGGGAUACCCAGUGUCAAGGUGAAGUUUUGCCGGUACUACGCGAAAGACAAAACCUGCUUUUACGGAGAUGAGUGCCAGUUCCUGCACGAAGAUCCGUCCAUGGGAAGCCUGCCGCUGCACGGCGGCGGUAGCCCCGUCCCGAUGCCGUCAGCUGCGUACUCCCUCGGCGGCACGGCGGUGACGGCUUGCCCGGGCGGCGGGGGGACCGGCGUGUCCAAGAAGAACGAAACACUGGGGCCUGCGGGCACGUCUCUGGAGGGGCAGCUAUUAACCAUCCCAGGAAUGGAGGGUCCAAACCUGAGUGAUGCCAAUCUUACCAACUCUUACUUCAGCAGCAGCUUUAUUGGGGUCAAUGGGUUCGGAAGCCCAGCAGAGUCGAAAUAUUCAAUGAUGCAGCGAAUGACCACCAGCAGCAGCUCUCCUAGUCUUCUCAAUGAUGGUGCCAAGAAUUUCAGCCACAGCACUCAUGAUCCAGUGAACUCCCCGACUUCUUCACUGUUCAGCGAUUUUGGUGCUCUCAGCAUUUCCCAAAGGAGAAAGGCUCCAAACCCGACCGCGAGUGAGUUUAUCCCAAAGGGAGCUCCUCGAAUGGCCGCCAUGACGCAGUCCGCUGUCCAGGCCUUUCCCUCACCUCUCUUCACUCAUCCUGGCCUCGGAGGCUCCACAGCUGCCGCUCUGGCUCCAGGCAUGUCUCUCUCUGCUGGAUCGUCUCCUCUUCACUCUCCAAAAAUUACACCCCACACCUCGCCUGCCCCUCGUCGUCGCAGUCACACCCCCAACCCGGCCAACUACAUGGGGCCCGCCACGACGUCCGACCAGGGUGCCCACAUUAUCCAGAAAGAGACCGUAGGAGGAACUACUUACUUCUACACAGACAACACCCCAGGGCCAAUGGCUGGGAUGGUGUUUCCUACCUUCCACAUCUAUCCCCCCACUGCUCCACAUGUGGCUUACAUGCAGCCGAAAGCCAACGCCCCGUCCUUUUUUAUGGCUGAUGAGCUCCGACAGGAGUUGAUAAACAGACAUCUGAUAACUAUGGCUCAAAUUGACCAUUCAGAGAACCCAGACGUCCCCUCUGAGGUGGACAGCUACCACAGCCUGUUCCCACUUGAACCUCUUCCUCCACCCAACCGCAUGCAGAAGACCAGCAACUUCAGCUACAUCACCUCCUGCUACAAGGCUGUCAACAGCAAAGAUGACCUGCCUUACUGCCUGAGGCGGAUACAAGGGUUCCGCCUGGUAAACACAAAGUGCAUGAUGCUGGUGGACAUGUGGAAGAAGAUUCAGCACUCGAAUGCUGUAACACUUAGAGAGGUCUUCACCACUAAGGCCUUUGGAGACCACUCUUUGGUCUUCUCGUAUGACUUCCAUUCAGGUGCAGAAACCAUGUUCAGCAGACAUUUUAAUGACCCAGCAGCAGACUCGUACUUCACCAAAAGGAAGUGGGGCCAACACGAACCUCCUCCACCACGGCAGCACGCAGGUCUGCUGCCGGAGUCUCUGAUCUGGGCCUACAUCGUCCAGCUGAGUUCGGCCCUGCGCACCAUCCACACCGCUGGUUUGGCCUGCCGGGUCAUGGACCCCAGCAAGAUUCUCAUCACCGGCAAGACCAGGCUACGGCUGAACUGUGUUGGGGUUUUUGACGUCUUAACGUUUGAUAACAGUCAAACCAAUCAUCUUGCCCUCAUGCCACAGUACCAGCAAGCAGAUCUAGUGUCGCUGGGCAAGGUUGUGCUGGCUUUGGCCUGUAAUUCACUCGCUGGAAUUCAAAGGGAGAACCUGCAGAAGGCCAUGGAGCUGGUUUCUAUAAACUACUCUUCAGACCUGAAGAACCUGAUUCUGUAUCUGCUGACCGACCAGUCUCGCCUGCGAAGUGUCAAUGACAUCAUGCCCAUGAUUGGAGCCCGCUUCUAUACGCAGCUCGAUGCAUCGCAGAUGAGGAAUGAUGUCAUUGAAGAAGACCUUGCCAAGGAGGUGCAAAAUGGUCGUCUCUUCCGCCUGCUCGCCAAGCUGGGCACCAUUAACGAGCGGCCAGAGUUUCAAAAGGACCCAGCAUGGUCGGAGACGGGUGACCGCUACCUGUUGAAGCUUUUCCGGGAUCACCUGUUCCACCAGGUGACGGAAGCGGGGACGCCCUGGAUCGACCUCAGCCACAUCGUUUCCUGCCUCAACAAA